AUGGCCGUUCACCUUACCCCGCUAAAACGCACACAACUACUUGACCUCUGCAGUUUGGUGGAGUCAGUCCUGCAGUCAACAUGUGCCACCCCCUCCUCUGGAAUCUCCUCCAGUGGGAUGCUGUCUAGUAGCAGUAAUAAUGAUAAUGAUAAUAAUAAUAAUAAUUACACAGAGGUUGCAACAAAGUGUAACUCGUGUGUAGAUGAACAUCCAUUCGUUACCGGCGCCUUCUGUGAUGUUUUUGAGGAUCCACUGACUCGACACGCGUGGCGUUUGUAUGAUAAGAUGUUAUACCUUGUCUGGUGGUCCUACCGACCGCCUUCUUGUACGGAAUGUGGAAUGCAAGAUGCGUGGGUACCAUCUGCCGAUAGUGAAAUGAAGUGUGGUCAUUGUGGAACUGGAGCUGGUACAACUUCUGUGAAUGAUAUUGUGGAGGAUUUCCCAGCUGUAGGAGAUGAGAAUGGUGAUGAUGACGAUGUUGGAAGUGGUGAUGAUAAUGUUGAUGGGAAUGAUGUGGAAGCUGGUGGGGUUUCUGCAGCUAGUAAUGGUGGUGGCCCUGUAGCAUUAUAUAUGUUUUUCUAUGAAUGGCUUUUACGAAUUCAACAAACACGGUGUGUGAAAGGUCUUGUACUUCCUGCUCGGGAGGUUCUCGCUGCUGUAUUACGUGCGGCGUAUGAUUUGGCACUUUUAUUUGUCCUUCCAGGAGUACCAAGUGGAGGUGCUGUAGUCUUAAGAGGUGGAGCUUUAUAUUUGAGUUUAGUAUUGCAUCGAUUUUCUGCACCUUUUCCAUUAUUUAGUUUGGCAGGUCGUGUUCAAUCAUUAGAUGCACCUAAUACUCUAUCAGCCAUUAGUGUAGGUGAAGAGCAGAAUGAAGAAUUACAAUGGACAGAUGUGGAAUUAUUGGCUGCUCUUAUUGGUGUUACACUAUCUGAUUUCUUUGAAUCUUGUCAAGUAGGAGUACAGUAUUUGCAAAAUAUUAUGACGGUAGCAGCAGCAUUUGCCGUACCUAGUGCUCUUUGGCAUCCACAACGUGUAGAGGGACGUACGGCGUAUAUGAUGUCAUUACGAAAAAAAAGAAAAACUUCUUCUUCACAUCAUUAUCCAGGAUUCUCAACUGGUCUCUCCCCAGAGCAUACAGCAAUGAUUGUAGCAUUGGAAUUAGCACGUGCAUUCGACUCACAACCAUGUGCUCCAGAGCAUGCAGGACGUAUUGGUGCCUGGUUAGAUCAAUUAGGUCUAUAUCCACAGCGUAGUUCAUAUCCUAAUAAUAGUAAUGGUGAUAGUGGAACUACUACUACUACUACUACUACUACUACUACUACUACAGCAACAGCAGCAGUGGAAGACACUACAUGGUGGACUUCUCCUCUCACUACCGAGACAUCUCCCUUUGCCGGAAUUAUGCAUGUUGUUUUGUUAUCACCAUGUGCAAAUGCAUUAUUGUAUAUCUUUGCAAAUGCCUUUUCUAUAUCAGCGCUAGAAUUAGCAGAUAUGGCUGCGAGUAGUGGACUUUAUUGUGGACCUACACGUUUCUUUGAGACUUUACGUGAGGCUGCUCAAGAGGGGAACUACACCCUUAUGCCACUUUCUCGUCGUCUCUCUCCCAUUACCUCUUUUUGGACGAGUACCUACUUUGCAGUACACUCGGAAGAUCGUCUACCACUACUUGCGGCACUGCAGCACAUGCGAACAGUGACAACGCGUGAUAAGGAGAUUCCUGUAGCCCGAGUGGUGCAACGUAUUCUACGCAAACAUCACUCUGUACGUCGUUACCAACUAAACUACAGUAUCCGCGUCUCAGAUGACUCGGAGCGGCAACAAUUAAAAGGAGUUUAUUUCCUUAGCUAUGUGAAUGAAAGGUGUGCGGUGUUCACUGGGGUUCGUUCUGCCCGUAAAACCAUCACCUUUGAUGGAAUGACAGGUGAUGUGAUCCUCUGCGUACCCGGAGCUCGUGGUCGACAGGUCAUCAGCCAAACUGGAAGUGGAAUGAGUGGAUUAGAUGUAGAGUUCAGUGGCCCUAUAGUCGUGCAUGUAGAGUCAGCAGCGGCGAAGUGUGUGAUGGACUGUGCACGGCAGGGACUUGGAGCCGCGGCGUGGCAGGCGGCGGUGCGACUUCUCGAUCGCUGCGGUCGUGUACGGCGGCGGAUGCGAGUGCCGAUGUUGGCAUCUCGUUUAGAAGCGCUUGCCUCUGUGCGGGCCCCUGCCGCUACUGCCAGUCAUUGUAGUAUGGGGCCGGUGAGUCAUCAUACGCGGAGUGGACCUGGCAUGGGAGCCAUGAGUGGGCGGAGUCAGGCACCAGUCACCUUGUUGGGAUGGGGAGAAACAGAAGUAUUGCUGACGGCCUUACCGCAUGUACAUACACCUGCACAUGUUUGUGUGUUAAGGAGUGAAUUGCAGCGGAAUCUUCUUUCGCUUCCUACACCAUCUCUUGUUUUUGGGAUAUCGGAGAAUCGUGCCAUUGCGAUGUAUGCCGUCCUUGUGGCUCUGCUUGAACGUAUUGAACAGGAACUCACACAACUGUAUGCUGGUUCACAUGGAGAGAGUGGAAAACGAACUACUACUAAUACCAGUAGUGGAAAUAGUAAUACUAAUGGUGGGAAUAUGCCUCCCAUGUUGUUACCAUUAACACCAAUUACAGGUCCACUCACAUGGAUAGAUGUUUUACUCUACGAAGAAGAAAUGGAGACCUACACCGCAACGACGCCUCUUCCUCUUGCAUCACCACGUUUAAAAGGGAGCACACCAACAUCGCAUGCGGUUUACAAUAAUGGUGUUUGUGAAAGUCCUGUCCAACUCCCGGCUUCUACCGCUACGAUUGGUUUGGAACAACAACCGCAGUUUCUACUUCCACAGAGUGUAACUCGAUCCACACCAACACCACAACCACAACCACAACCAUCAUCAUCCCCACAGCAACAGCAUCAACAACAACAACAACAACAACAGCGUAGUCGAGAGAUUGAAAUCAUACCAAGUUAUCAAGAUGUCCUGCUUGGACUCGCAAAUAAUGUUGGUGUUAGUGAUAGUCGUGGGAGUCGUGCUCGUGGAAUGCCAAUGAGCCGCACCCGUGCGGUUGCACAACAGCGAGAUCGUCAACAACAACGUCGUGGAAAUCAAACACGAUCUCGUCCAGAGGCGGGAGAUGAGACUGGACGUUCAAUGGCAGGACUCCAUUCAUCCACAUCUAACAGUUGUUCUUGUUAUACCUUUAAUCUAUUUAGUGCGGAAGAGUGUCGAAAACGGUUACACUGCCUUCUUCAGUUUAUUAUUACUUAUAAAGCCAAACAACAACAACAAAAACGUGAAAAGACAUUGGUUGUGGGUAUAGGAGGAGAGAGUGUUGGCAUGAAUGCAACUGUGGAUACAUCGCCAAUGGUAAAGAAAGACACUCCCCCACGUGAGAGAGUGGGAAGUAUACCAAAGCAUCACACCCCACCUAUCCGCAAUGGUGGAACUCCAUCCAUGCAUCCACAAACAACACCUACCGGAUUGCCAUCUUCUUUGGGCGGAAAAGUGAAUAAUAAUAGUAAUAAUAAUACUACUGCUAACAUCAGUAAUUCCCCAUUGUUGGAAUCCAUGCGGCCACAACAACAACAACAAAAUCAUCAUCGUCAUCAUCGACGACGACGAUGCUCACGCUCUAUUGGUACUCCUGAUAGCAGCGAAGGCAGUGACCAUGGGGGGCGUAGUCCUCUCAUCACUGCUGAGGGAACACCACGCUCACGUAAACGCCAUCGUCAUCAAAACAAUGGCGGAGUCGAACAUUGGAAUAAUAAUAAUAAUAAUAAUAAUAAUAAUAAUAAUAAUAGUGUUAGUGGUGAUUUUGAUGAUGAUGAUAAUGAUGAUGAGAAGGAAGGGAAUAUAAAGAAGAAUAAAAGAGAACGCCUCGAAUAA